AAGGACAGAGAUCAAAGUACACUCAGAUAAGGGGUUGGUCUAUUCCAGACUAUAUGGUAACAUUUCUUCAAGCAAGGAGGGGCAUAGGUUUGUAGAGAAGUUGUAGUUUGUGCUUACAUUAGGCUUUGAUAUGACUUGGUUAACUGCAUUUCAAGGUAGUCUCAUGGAUUGAUUAUCUGAUGGUCUAUAAUGUGGGCAUGGGCAUUACUUCCUGUUCUCCUGGCAGUAGGAGGCACAGCUGGUAUCUGGGCAGUGUAUGGGGUUGCAGUAUUCAAUGAAUCUGUUAAUCUGACUGCCGGAUUCCCAUACAUCAGCGCAUGCGGUGCCUACUACCCCCAGAGCUGUUGGUUUUCACAGAUCUGCAAUGUGAGCAGUUUUCUGAUCAUAUGGAUUGUGGUGAUCCGCUUUCAGCAGGUGCGUGACCUGGGUUCCCAGUGUCGCCGUACCAACCUGGUGGCCCUGGUUCUCGGCUUCAUAUCCUCUAUAGGGGUAUCUAUCCUUGGCAACUUCCAGCAGUCUGUGUAUUUGGGGAUACACCUGUUUGGUGCUUUCCUGGCCUUUAAUGUGGGUCUGGUGUACUUCUGGGUGCAGCUCUGGCUCACCUAUAAGGCCGAGCCGUCUCAGGACCGCCGCUGGCUGGGACCACUACGCGCCGUCCUCUGCAGCCUCUGCACUGUGUGCCUUAUUGCCAUGGUUGUGCUGCACAACACGGGCUCCAAGUCUCCUGCAGCCAUGUGCGAAUGGGCUCUGGUCAUGACGUUUUUCCUCCUCUUCUCAUCCUUUGCCGCCGAGUUCCGGCUCAUCGAAUGCCACCAGCUCACUGUGCACAAGCAGAUGGGGACUGCCUGAUCAUCGCCGGGAACCCUGAGGGAUAGCCUGCAUGGUUUGAGCCAUCUCGUGAUCACUCUGGAGUGAUUGAGUGCUGUUUUCAGAGUGAAUUAUGCAGAGAGCGGUGGCUGUUGCCAUAUUGCACUUGAUUGUAUGUCUGUGUUAUGUGUGGGACAUUGUUGGAAAGUGUUGUGGUGUCACCACCUAAGUGUCAGCAUUUUGUCUCCAGUUUCACAUUCAUAGUACCAAAGCUUGAUAGACAAUUACUUUCAACAAAAUCUGAAAAGCACAAGGAACAAGCCAUACUUGAACACCACCAAACACUCCUAACAACAUAAAGGCUAAAGGCAUAAAGACAUAAUGACAUUCACCCCAUGCAUUUCUAAAGAAGUUGAUAGUCAUGCAUGGCCUUUCAAAGAUUGUUUGUGGGUUAUUUAUUCAUUCAUAAUAAAUAUUUCAAUUAAC